UGCGCGUGCUGGGGCGGGCUGGAUUUGCGUGAGCGGGGCCGGAUCUCAGUGCGGUGAUAGAGCUCGCAGAGCGGCUGUGCGGAAGUUCUUUCAUCCGCGCUGCACAGAAGGGGCUUCGCCCUCGAGAUUAGCUAUUCUCGUCCCAAGUUUUCGCUUGGACGAAGGCGAAAGAGGUGGAACUUCUCCGCUCCGCGUUUUAACUCGAAUUCUGUCGUUCGCUACAAGUUAGCGCCCAUUACCGUCGCAAGUUUUUAGUGUUAUGUGUGAUCAAGGGUAAUGGCAAGGCCAAGCCACAGUGAGCAUGUCCUGCAGCAGCUCAACAACCAAAGGGAAUGGGGUUUCCUCUGUGACUGCUGCAUUGCCAUAGGGGAUAUUUAUUUCAGGGCCCAUAAGGCUGUGUUGGCGGCCUGCAGCUCUUACUUCAGAAUGAUGUUCAUCCGGGAUCAGCAGGGGACCGCACGGUUUGAUCUCAGCAACAUGCAGAUCAGUGCAGAGUGCUUCGAUCUCAUUCUGCAGCUCAUGUACCUUGGCCGAAUUGUCGUAGAUCACUAUGAAUUUGAAGAGCUGAAAUCGUCUAUGGCCUACCUACAAAUGUACUACAUCCCGGACUCGCUGGAGGACCUCAGAGACAUCCGAACAUCCAAUCUAACACCCUCGUCCUCUGCAUCGUCCUCUUCGUCAUCCAGCUCCUCGUCCUCAUCCAGCGUGGUGGGAAGCAAGAUGAUGUUUGGUGUCCGAAUGUUUGAGCAGCAGCGACCAAGCCCUUCUGAGAAUGAACGAGCACCAAAAGCCUCAACCACAACUGCUCGUCAGACCAUUAACAUCUCAACUGUCAGGCCUGCUGAAGAUGUGGUGAUACCACACCCUCCACCACACUCAGAGACCGUUGUAGACCAGCCAUGUGACUUGAGGAAAAGAACGUCAGGCCGAAGCUCUGCCAUGAAAGAACGUCCUCGAUUUGGUCGUACAUACACUUGCGACGAUUGCGGUUUCGUGUUCAGCUGUGAAAAGCUGCUCAUCGAACACAUCCUCACAUGCACCAAUCGCAAAGCUUUCCAGACUCCCAAAGUUGGUAAAGAUGUUUACGGCGAUGCUGGAAAAGCGGAGAGUUCGACCUCUGAGGGUACAGAUGAGCACAGAACGGUUUGCAAGGGUGAAGAGGACUGGUCAGACCACAAACCAGACGCAGAGAGCGUGAUCAGGUCCGUCGCCACUGGAAUGGAUGGCGAAGCUGCCUUCUCCAGGAAUAUAACCAUUAAAGUGGAGAGAGAUGACGAUUCUGAAACUGAUUUGGAAACUAUAAAAGUCGUGAAGGUAGGGAACCUUAACGUAGGGAGCUGCAAAGUUCGUACCAGAUUGUACAAAGACAAUAUUGCAGAGCAGAUGAAGUUUGACAGCGAGGAAGAGGCAGGGGUAUCAGCUAUGGACGCUUUGGAGGGCCAAAGCACAGGGUUAGACACGGAUCCAAAGGUGCAUCGGAUCAAAGAGGAAAAGCAAGAUGGCUCAUGCAUUCCAUGCGAGUUGUGCGGAGCCCUGUUGACGGAGGAGGAUCAGUCCGCUCAUUACAUCUCCAGCCAUAUGGGACAUAUCUGCGCCUGUGGAAGGUGCGGCCAAGUGCUCAUCAAAGGCAGGCAGCUGCAGGAACACGCUGAGCGUUGCGGUGAACCCCAAGGGACCGAGACGGACUCCCCGGGAGAGGAUUCACUUCUACUUGAAGAUGCUGAGGCUAUGGAAGAAAACUUGCUGGAGGGAGCUGACCUGGGCUUUCGCUGUCCUCUCUGUGGGAUGAUAUUUGAAAGCGAAAGUCUUGCGGUGGAGCACACGUUGGCUUGUCCGGAGCAGGAGUCGUUCCGGCCCGUUCUCAUGGAAGACAGCGGUGAGCCAGAUCAUCGGCGCAAGCAUUUCUGUGCGAUUUGCGGCAAAGGCUUUUACCAAAGGUGUCAUCUACGAGAGCACUACACAGUGCAUACCAAGGAAAAGCAGUUCACCUGUCAGACCUGCGGGAAACAGUUUCUGCGCGAGCGACAGCUGCGGUUGCACACUGACAUGCACAAGGGAAUGGCGCGAUACGUCUGCCCCGUGUGUGAUCAGGGUACGUUCCUCAAACACGAUCACGUGCGACACAUGAUCUCUCACCUGUCUGCCGGAGAGACUAUCUGCCAGGUGUGUUUCCAGAUUUUCCCCAGCGGCGAACAUCUUGAGAAGCACAUGGAUGUGCAUCUGUACAUCUGUGGUGUUUGCGGAGAGAAGUUCCGUCUCCGCAAAGACAUGCGGAGCCACUACAACUCCAAGCACACCAAGAGACAAUGAGAGGCCUCUCUCUGCAACCCUUGAAUCUUUGAAAUAAGCCAUACUGUAAAUGUGAGAACAAAUCUAUGCACUUAGACACCAAUUGUAACCUUUACAACUGCACUUUCUAUGUGUAUGCAAAUUCUGGAUGUGUUGUUCAAUGUUUUUGGUGGGACAUAGUGCCUCAAGCUUUUAUCUUCAUUUUCUUAUACAUCGAGAUGGAUAUCCAGGCACUGGUUAAGUGUAGAUAUUGACUAAAUCACACUAUCAGUGGUGUUUCAGUUGAAAAUGCUAAAUAGUCUGUAGUUAUGAAACUGGCCCGUGGCUAAUAGUUUUACAUCCAAAAAAUAAUUUAAGAGGACUUUUGUUUUUAUAGGUGGUGCUUUUUUUAGUGAACAUAAGCAUUUUGUCAUUAUUCCAAGUAGCUCUGGUGUCGUUUACCUGCCAUAAUAUUCAAUUAUUAUGAAGAAUAUAUGUUCAAUUGCCCUUAAAGGGAUAGUUCACUCAGAUUCAUCAUUCAUCUUUUAUUCACUUUUAAUUUGUUAUUCCAUACUCUAUGACUGGCUCUCUUCUGUUGAGAUUUUGAAAAACGUCUGCUUUUUACAUACUGUUUUUGUCCAGAAAAAAAAAGUUAGUGAUUCUAACAUUGUUCGAAAUAUCUUUAUUUCUGUACCGCAGAAGAAAGCAAGCCAGGUAUGGAUUGACAUGAUGGUGAGAAAAUGAUGAUUUUUUUAUUUUUUUUUGGCUAACUAUCCCUUUAAAGCACAGAGAUCAUAAAAGAGAUUAGAUUGCUAAUAGUAUGCAGACACUUUUCCCUCCUUGCACCAGAACACUAAAAAUACUGUAUUUUUUUUAAAAAAAGCUAAGAAAAACACUCUUGUUGAUGCCUUUCAGCUAGCUGUACUUGCUAAAUAGUCACUCAUUCAGAACCCAAGAAUCUAUGCAAACUUGUAAAUUCAACCCUUAUUUAGUGUGCGUUCACAGAGUUGAUGUGAGCGGAGUUUCAUUGAGUUAAAACAUUUACUGUGUAGUUAUUUCAAUAUCCCAAAGAUAUUCAUGAUUCAUGUUAUAUAAACAGAUUUAUAAAAUCUUUUGGUUUGUACACAAGAUAUCUGUUUCUAAUAAGGAUUACGUGGUAUACAAUACUUAUCAGCCUAUGCUGUUUUUGUUCAUAGCAAUCAAACUAUAUGCUUUUGUUUAGGGUCCAUCUAAAGCUUAAAUGGGCUUAUAAGAGGUCUUAACAUUUCAAAUAUUUCACACCUUAUAAAAUUAUUGUGGCUUGAUGUGAAGUAUGCCAUAUAAUGCUUGCACAAGGGUGUAGGGUAAAUUAUUACAUGUUUGUAUUAAUUAACAAGUACUUUACCAAUUGUUAUUUUAUUCUGUAAAAAAAAAAAACAGGUUGGUUGGUUUUUGGUUUUGUGAUUUUCGAGUUUAAUCUGGUUUUGUGUUUUUCAGGUUUAAUCAUGUGACGUUCAUACAGGCUAGAGAGCAGGUUUUUGGAGCUGUGAUCCAUGAACCAUCAGUGGGGCCAUGGGAUCAUACAGAUUAAUCUAGAUGCAGUUAAUGAUUGGAUUAAGAGCAGGCAGUCUGGCUAAACUUGCGGCAGUUGGUGCUCCACGCUUCUGUUUAAAAUACGUUGUCACAUUCGAGUAAACUGACCUAUUCAGGCUUACAUAGCUUAAUGACUUAAUCUAUGGAUUGUAUAACAAGUAUAUCAGAAGUGUGUUACAGUGGGGUUUAUGCAGCUCACUCGUAUUCUUCAUCGGAAGUUACAUUUGUGAUGGGUUUUUAAACAAAAAGGACCAAAGCAAGCAGUCAUUUUAAAUUACAGACAAACAGCUCAGACAUUUGCACUGGCUGUUCAGCGGUGUAUUUGGGUGGUGUUGUGAUCUAAAUCUAGUGAACAUAUUUUGUGUGUGUGUGUGUGUGUGGUAGAAAUAUUGCAAGGAAUAUAUGCAAAUAUUGUUUUUUGAUCACAUUUUAAAAAAUCUCUUCAGUGUUUCAUACGUUCUUGGAUUUAAGAAAGAAAAUAAAAGUUUAAAAACUG